AUGGAAAAUAUUUGUAUAAUAUGUUUAUAAGAUACCUAAAACUUUGUUAUUGGUAAGAGUUGUGAAUGCUAAUAUUGCUACAAUUGUGUUUUUGAUUGGUUUGAAUAAAAUCCAUAAAUGCUUACCUCCUAAUGUUUUAAUUGCUUAAAUUAUAUGUGUAAAGAUGUUCAUUCAGUUGAAGAUUUUCUAAGCAAAAUAGAUGAACAAAAAAUUUUAGAUCGAUAUUAAGAUAUUACAUUUAAAAAUUAUUUGAUUAAAUGCUAAGAUAUUAGAGGAUGUCCAAAUAAAAAUUGUAAAUCAUAUGGGUAUUUACCUUAAGGGAGAUGUAAAGAAUUUUUAUAAUGUGAAAUAUGCAAUUACAAAUGGUAUGAUAAAAAAUGUUUAUCAAUUCAUAAGAUUAUAAGUCUAUUUUUGAAGAAUUCAAAGAACAAUUUUUUAUGUUUCUUUUAAGAGUUUUAUUAUACUCAUUAAUGCCCAAACUGUGAAGUUUCAAUUAUAAAAAAUGGAGGAUGUAAUCAUAUGACUUGCAAAACAUGCAAUCAUGAAUACUGUUUUAUUUGUAAAGAAAAACAUAGUGGACACGAUGGUAAAUUAUGUAAUUUGAAAGAAAACUCUUUUCAUUUUAUGUUGGCAUAUGUCAUUGUUUAAUUAUUAUUCACUUGUGGAAUUCAUACAUUUUUUAUUUUUAUUGGAAAGUCCCUUUUUUGUUUAGCUUGCUUGAUUUUUAACUAUAUUUUAGAUAUCAAUUAUAAAUUAAUUGUAAUUGGUGCUCUCUGUGUUAUAUUAGAUACGAACUAUCAUUAUUAAAAUUAUAAAAAAGAAAAGAGAAAAUCAUAUAUAAGUCCAAAUUGUUAGAAAAAAAAAUUAUUUCAGGCAUUAGAAUUAGUAUCCCUUAUUAUUUUAGAAACCAUCAUAAUACUUACUACAUCAUAUGAGGAUAAGAUAAAUUCAAUUGAUUCAUUUGCAAUUUAUGUAAUUUAUCCAAUUGAAUUCUUAUUGCUGCUAUUCAUAAGUUUAUGGUAUAAAUGA